CAGAACGGAAAAUAUUCAUCCACUUCUCUGAGCCUUUUGAAAAGUGACUAAAUGCAACUGGGGCAGGUUUUCUGUGGGCAUGAAGUGGCUGGGAGAAUCCAAGAACAUGGUGGUGAAUGGCAGGAGAAGUGGAAGCAAGUCAUCUAAUGACCACCCGCAGAACCAGACCAAGCUGCAACACACAGGAAAGGAGAAUCCCAAGAGUGGCAAAAAUGGAGUCGAGAGAAGAUCGAGCAGAUGUAGUGGUGCUGCAGGAUUUGAGGGCCAGAGUCGUUACGUGCCUUCCUCGGGAAUGUCCGCCAAGGAGCUGUGUGAAAACGACGACCUAGCGACUAGUUUGGUUCUUGAUCCCUAUUUAGGUUUUCAGACACACAAAAUGAAUACUAGAUUUCGACCUAUAAAAGGAAGGCAAGAAGAACUAAAAGAGGUGAUUGAACGUUUUAAGAAAGAUGAGCACUUAGAAAAAGCCUUCAAGUCCUUGACGUCAGGUGACUGGGCCCGGCACUAUUUUCUUAACAAGAACAAAAUGCAGGAAAGGUUGUUCAAGGAACAUGUAUUUAUUUAUUUACGAAUGUUUGCAACUGACAGUGGGUUUGAAAUACUGCCUUGUAACCGGUAUUCUUCUGAGCAAAAUGGAGCCAAAAUUGUUGCAACGAAAGAAUGGAAACGUAACGAUAAAAUAGAAUUACUUGUGGGCUGCAUUGCUGAACUGUCAGAAAUGGAAGAAAACAUGCUGCUGAGACAUGGGGAAAACGACUUCAGUGUCAUGUAUUCCACACGGAAAAACUGUGCUCAACUGUGGCUUGGUCCUGCUGCAUUUAUCAAUCACGAUUGCAGACCUAACUGUAAGUUUGUAUCAACUGGCAGAGAUACAGCAUGUGUGAAAGCUCUAAGAGAUAUUGAACCCGGAGAAGAAAUCUCUUGUUACUACGGAGAUGGCUUUUUUGGAGAGAAUAAUGAAUACUGCGAAUGUUACACCUGUGAAAGACGUGGAACUGGUGCUUUUAAAUCAAGAGUGGGAUUGCCAGCACCUACUCCUGUGAUUAAUAGUAAAUAUGGACUGAGAGAAACAGAUAAGCGGUUGAACAGACUUAAAAAGUUGGGUGACAGCAGCAAAAAUUCCGACAGCCAAUCYGUCAGCUCUAACACUGAUGCAGAUACCACUCAGGAAAAAGCUAAUGCAACUAACAGGAAAUCUUCAAUUGGCGUAAAAAAGAACAGCAAGAGCAGAACAUUAACGAGACAGUCGAUAUCAAGAAUUCCAGCAUCAUCAAAUUCUACCUCAUCUAAACUAACUCAUAUAAAUAAUUCCAGGGUACCAAAGAGACUGAAAAAGCCUGCAAAGCCUUUACUUUCGAAGAUAAAGUUGAGAAAUCAGUGCAAAAGGCCAGAGCAGAAGAAUGCCUCUAGAAAGCUGGAAAUGGGAAACCUAGUUCUCAAAGAGCCGAAAGUAGUUCUAUAUAAAAACUUGCCCCUUAAAAAGGAUAAAGAAUUGGAGGGACCAGUGAAAGUUGCAGUCUCUAGUGGAUGCUUAACAAGGCAUGCAGCAAGAGAAUACAAACUGAAUUCUGUGAAAGGUGCUCAUGAGCAGGCUGGCGAUGUCCCACCCUGCACAUACAUAACACGGAGGUCCAUGAGAACGAGGAUGAGUUUGAAGGAGACCUCUGACAUAAAGCUUGAACCAAAUACGUUGGAUAGCUAUAAAAGUAACUUGACUGGGACGCGAUCGGACGUUUUAGAGCAGCAAUCGCAUGCGGGAAAUGAGACUGACUCGGCUCACGGAACAGCCCAUAAAGGGGAGGGCAGGUGCUCCAAAAGUGAUACAGGAGUGUCCAAAAAGAAGGCUCGGCAAGGAAAGCUUGCGAAACUGCCUGCAAAAGCAGAGGAAACRGAGGUUACGCACAGCACACCCGCUAAAGAUGAAGUACCAGACUUGGUCAGCUCUCAUCCAGAACAAGGAGAAAAGAAUAAUGUCGUGGACACGCCUGUUAGCUACAAUAAGGACUGUAUCCCUGGGUCUGGUGGCUGCUCUGUUGUAACUUCUGACAAUUUUAAAGCAAAAGACAGCUUUAGAACUGCAAAAAGUAAAAAGAAAAGACGAAUCACGAGGUAUGAUGCACAAUUAAUUCUUGAAAAUAGCUCUGGGAUCCCUAAACUGACUCUUCGUAGACGCCAUGAUAGCAGUAGCAAGGCAAAUGACCAAGAAAAUGAUGGAAUGAAUUCUUCAAAAAUAAGCAUCAAAUUAAGUAAAGACCAUGAAAAAGAUAAUAACUUAUAUGUAGCAAAGCUAAAUAAUGGGUUUAACUCAGGAUCAGGCAAUAGUUCAACAAAACUAAAGAUACAGCUAAAACGGGAAGAAGAAAACAAAGGGCCAUACCCUGAGGACCUUCAUGAAAAUGGUGUGUGUUGUAGUGAAACUCUCUCCCUUUUGGAGUCGAGAAUGGAAGUAGAUGAUUAUGGUCACUAUGAAGAAGAAACGGCAGAUGAAUCUUCAUCAGAGGAGGAUGAUGAAGAGGAGGAUGACUAUGAUGAUGAAUUUGAUGACUUUAUUCCUCUUCCUCCAGCAAAGAGAUUAAGGCUCAUUGUUGGCAAGGAUUCAAUAGAUAUUGAUAUUUCUUCCAGGAGGAGAGAAGAUCAGUCUUUAAGGCUCAAUGCAUAAGCUUAUAGGUCUUAAACUGACCAGGAUGUCAUUUUUAAAAACAAAUAAAAAAAAAACAACAACAAUUCCAUUUGAUUAUUCCUCAAGUGAAGAACUUUCUGAAAAACUUAGUGGCAGCACUUCUUUAUUGUUUAUUCACCUAUCAACGUAAUAUUGUAGAAAGUGUACAGCAAACCGACUCUUCUUAAGUCUGAUUUGUGCAGAUUUUUAUUGUACUUUUUAAUAGCCUUCUUAUGUGCAAUUCUGAGUUAGAGUAAGAGGUAAUGCUCUGUUGUAAAAUAAAGGCUCAAGCAAAGUUAUGAAAUUGCAUCAAAUCUUUCCAUGCAGGACAAUGAGAAUACAGUGUGGCUACACAAUUAUUUUUGAUCCGUAAGAGCAGUAGUUUGCCCUUACAAUAUUUGACUAAAUAAUUAAAAAGAAAUCAUAGUAGCGUCAUAUUAAGGUUUUCUAGUAUAUGUUAAUAUCACCAGCAAUGAUCUACAGCUUUUCGAUUUAUUUGCUAGAUGUUUUUCCCCCUUGGAGUUUGUCAGUUUUAACACUGUAUGCUGUCCCAGACGUACUGUUUGUGGCCUUUGUUAUAGUAGCAAACCGUUGGUUGGAAGUCAAAUUGAUUUCUUUGAAAGAAAAAAGAAAAAAAAAAGAAAAGGUGUUGACAAUUUGCUGACUUUUUAGUACAUUAUAUGUACAAGGGUAGCAGUAUGCAGAAUAAAAGUUUGGAUAUGGUGUAUUUAUUGCUUGUUAUGUAAAUUAAACACCUUGUAUUUAACAC